UAGAGAAACCAUUACAUAUACACAUACACACACACCGAGAGUGAGAUCAGAGAGAAAGACUCAAAGAAAGAAAAUGGGUGUUGACGAAUCGUUUAAGAAGCAGGGAACAGUUCCAUUCAAGUGGGAGAUCAAACCCGGUGUUCCCAAAGCCCAACUACAACAAAACCAGGAUCAUCACCACCACCACCGUUCACCACCGCAGAAGCUUCGACCGCCGCCGUCCGGUUCGAUAUUCGUCCCUCCUCCACCAGAGCCACAACGGACUCCUUCCUUUAUGUCCAGUUCGCGUAGUCGGUCGGAGCGGUGGCGUUUGGACAAGUCGAUUCUGUUCCGGUCCGAGUCUGUGUCUGUGCCUAUGGGAAUGGGAUGCUUCCCUUCUCCUACUCAGCUUAAGAAAAAGGCGAGCAUGAAGAAGAACGAGAGCCGCAGAACAGGGCCUGACUGUGUGUCUUCGGAGCUGGAAACGCCUUCACGGUGGUCCUUUUCGUCUCGGAAAUCGAUCGUUUCGCCGAUUCGAGAUCGGUCGUCGUCGUCGUCGUCGUCUCCGUGUCCGUCGUCCUGUCGAUGGUCACCCUCGCCUAGGCCCGUUAGUGACGCCGAGUGGGCCUCGUUUGGACUCUUUUAAAACACUCUUUAAUAAUUAUAAUUAUAAUAAUUACCAUCAAAUUUGUCUUUAAUAAUAUUAUCGUUAUUUUUAUUUUAAAAAAUAUAUAUUUAAGUAAUCACUGAAAGUUAGUGCCUUAGGCCAAAUGGUUGCCGGCCUACUUUGGUGGAUAAUUUAUUAGUUAGUAUCAAGUCUGUCUAUUAUAUGUUGUUCUAAAUUAUGAUAAAAAUAUAUAAAGAUACUUUUGUGUAUCUGUAAAUAUUUAAUGCAGAAAUUGGUGAAAAUUAUUAUUUUUUUUAAGUGAUUUUGUAUCGUGAUUUAUUUUUGAUAAUUUUUUAUAAAAUAAAUUUUGUUUAAAA